AUGGCUACCGACCCCGACCUAGUGGAGUUUUUUGAGGUAAACUUUCCUGAAGCAUUUAAUGAGGCGCAAACAGGUGCGAAAGAUGGAGACAGACUCGCGACUUCUCAUAGAAAAAUCGACAAAAAAGUGGAGUCGCGUUAUCCCCGGAACAUCCGGCCCAUGCAAACUUACCUACGCGAUGUGGAAACGGAAGAAGGAAGCCGGGCCUGUAGAAGACUUCGCUGGAAGAAUAUGAUUCCAGGCACUAUACGGGGCAGCGAUCCAAACUUGGGGAUUUUUUCAAAACAACCAGAAUCUGAGAUAUAUGUCAAAACUCCCUGGGCAGUACUUCAAAGGGAGCUGGAUCGCUAUCAUCGUGACUUUGAGUCUCGUGUCUACGACAUCACCGUAUUGGAUGGACCAGAGGAUACAGAGGGAACCACUCACAGGGUUCUUCCCCAAAAUUUGCAGCGACAUCCCGUGAAUUCAACGAUUUACUGUGCCAAUUUUUGCCGAUACCACCCUGGCAGACCUAUCAAGUUCCCUGUAUCAUUUAUCAACACAGAAGAAAGCCCUGCUUUGAAGCGUGAUGGCUUCAUUAUUCCAAUCCAACGGUCAAUUGAGUGCUUUGUUGAGGAUGGUGUUGAUAUUCCUGAAAGCUUGGAUAUGGAAUGUAGCGGUCUUCAAUUCAAGGAUGUCAUUCGAACCGAUCGCAUCAUUUUACCUGACGGUGUACGAUUUAGCGACCGUGUCAUCAAAAGAGGCAAAGAAUUCAUCGUGGGUGUCAUGUUUGGAAGUGGUCGCGGCUUGGAGGAGGACACCACGGAGACCGAAAAGGAACCCGUUGCCGAAAAGUAG